AUGGCCAACGUCAACCCCAAGAGAGCGUCUCCGUUCUUACCGAAGAGCAUCAAAGAGGAGGAGGAGGAUGAAGGUGGAGAGAUGAUGAAGGAGGAGGAACCAUCGCUCCCUCUCGUCCCGCAGCCGGUACAAGAGGAAAUCUCGAUGGUUUUCAACACCUACAACACGGCCACCACCAACCUCACGCCGUCGCUCAAGAGGAAGAAAGGUGUUGGCCAAGAAGGGAUGAACAUGACGUUCUACAUCGACCGCCGGAAAUCCAAAGUGUGGAAUUAUUACACCAAAUUGGGCGACGCUUACGUGGAGUGUAACAUCUGUAAGAAGCAACUUUCCUUCCACAACAGCACCACCACCAUGAGGGAACACCUGGUGAGGAAACACAGCAUGAGGAACACUCUCCUCUCUCAACUCAAAGACGAUCAACUUACCGAAUCCGAUUACCCCGCCCAAGAAAGCGUCGCCAAACGGUGCCGGCAAACGACGCCGGAGAGCGGGUUUAACCACGGAGCGUCCUGCUCGGAACCACGGAACGAUGUGAUGGUGGAGUUGGUGUUGGAGAUGAUUUUCCGUGACUUGCAGCCUCUUUCUGUGGUGAAAGAUAAAGGAUUUGGGCUCCUCGUUGGGUUCUUGGAACCGGGUUUUGCUCUCCCGUCGCCGGCGCAGCUCGCCGGGAAGUUACGGCAGAGAUAUAACGUGGUGAAGCAACACCUAGAACGUUAUUUACAGACGGCUCAAAGCAUGGUGGUUUGUGUUGAGUUCUGGAUAUCUCAACUUGGUUGGACUUACCGGACAGUGACGGCCAAUUUCAUCGACGAGGAGUGGCGGCGGGCGCGGUGCGGCCUGGAGACGCGGCAGGCGGAUGGAGACGAGGCAGAUUUUGGGGAGAAACUCCACAACAUCCUCUCUGAAUUUGGGUUAUCUGGUAAAGCUGUCUCCUGUGUCAUGCACAACACGCCGGGGAGCGCGGCGGAGAGCCGGUGGCACUUGGAGAAGACACCAAAUUGGAGCAGCUUGUGCUGCGCCGCUCGUACCCUUCACCUCUGCAUCCAAACGGGGCUGGAGGUGGAACAGGUCCAAGAAGCUCUGAGCAUCGCUCGGGGAAUCGUCAGGUUCUUCCAGCAAGAUGCAAAAGCCACCUGCUCCUUAAACAGCAAACUGGAAGCCAUCAAUAAAACCAAGCUGAAACUAGUGGUGGAUGUGGUGUCUCGUUGGGUCACCACCAUGGAGAUGUGUGAGAACCUCCUGGAUUUGAAGUGGGCCAUCAUGUCCGUGCUGGAGGAACACCCCAAGGGUGUGUUGGUUGUUCAGAACUUGGCUGAUCACCAGUGGAAGCUCCUGCAGGACUUGGUGCUGGUUAUGAGGACGAUUAAAAUCGCCACGUCCUUCCUUGGUGAGGAGCAGAACGUUUCCAUCUCCUCCCUGAUGCCUUGUGUCCAUGGAAUCAUCUCCACCAUCGGACAGCAGGCGGAAGAAGUUGGCGCCGCCAUCAAGAUGGUCAUCGGCAACAUCAGGUCGGAGCUGACGCGACGCUGGGGUUUGGCAGAGGAGGAGAAGGUGCUAGAAAACCCCGCGGUCAUCGCUUCCUUUUUGGACCCACGCUUCAAGGAGAUGAGGUUCCUCAGCCCCAACUUGAGGAGCGAGCUACACCAACGAGUCAAAAAUCUGCUGUCCCAGCUUUUCCACCAGCAAUCCCCAUCUGCUCCUCAAUUUUGGGUGCCAAACUCAGAUCACAAAGCUGAGGGUGGAGACACGGGCAGCCAGUUACCUGCUCACAAGGAUAGAUGCUCCAGUAGCACCUUACAGAGCAUCUACGACCUCCUUUUGGGGAAAGAUCCGACGGAAAGCAUGCCAGAAAUCCACCAACAACUGGAAAAUUACAUCGUGGAGCCUCUUUGCAAGCGCAGCACCAACCCUUUGGACUGGUGGAAGAACAAUGAGCAUCGCUUCCCGGCCGUG